AUGGCUCAGAAGAUUUACGAAAGGGAAAAAGAGCCACAGAAGAAGAUUAAAGUGUAUAACAGAUGGGGAGAGAGGGGGGCGGCAGCUGUGACGAGUGCCAGAGGCGGCACCGUCCAGAGCGGUCUAGGCCACGCCCCUCCUGGCAGUGGUCCAGCCCUGCUCAUGACACUGGACAAUAAACAGCAAACACUAAUUUACCAUAUUUUGGAACGUGUCUGGCGAGAGAAAAUGCAGUGCUGUGAGGGGCAGAUGAAAGCAAAAGAGGAUGAAAUGGGUUGCCAGUCCCAAUACUUUGGCAACUUUAAACAUCAACUCUACCGCAGGCUCAGCCUGGCAAGGGACAGACAGGAGAGCCUGCAGAAGUGCAUCUACACUUCAGAAAGGCAGCAACUGGACAUGACUGUGAGUGCGGCAACUAAUGCCGCAGUAUUGACUGCAGUUUGGAUUACACCCAGGACCGAAACAUACUGGGAUGAGCAUGGAAGGCUACCUGGUGCUAGAGAAGAGGGUGAAGAUGAAGAAGAGAGUAUUGAAGGCAAGGGGAUGCAAAAUAAUGGAGGAGAGAAAGAUGCAAGCCAGGAGGGGGGACGAAGGACCAAGUGAAAACAGAGCACAGAAGAGAACAGACAAAAUUCAAAUGAAGUCAGGCUACAAGGUUUAAUUGUGACCCUGCAGGAGGAUCUCAGAGUGCUGCUAGAAAGAGAGGAAAGUGGGGUGGCAGAACAGAGAAGGCUGAUGAAGCAGCUCCAAGAGGCUCAGGAGAGCAACCUCGUCCUGUGCUGCAAGGAGGAAGAAAUGAAGGUGCAGCUACAACAGCUGAAUUUGUCUGAGAGUGCCUUGGCUAAGGAGGUGGAAGAGCUAAGAGUGGAAAACUGUAGACUUCAACAUGGCUUGAAAGGUUUGACGAAAAACACUCCCAGUCAGUCAUCUACAAUCUCAGCGGAUGAUUGCUCUGUUCCCUCUCACGUGGAUAUAAUUGUAGAUCGUGCUGUAUUUGAUGAGGAAGAUGCAAUUCCAACUGUACGCCAGCUGGCUGCAGCAGGGAGCUCCAAUCGUGCCAUCCAAGCUCCCAUCUUUACUGCCAAACAUUUAUCUAAAAAUGACUCUCCAAGCAAUUAUCCUUACCUCAGUCUCCAAACCCUCUCCUUGGCCUCAGACGCAAUAGGAGAGUGCGGGUCUCUGGGGCACUUCAAUGUGGAGGAUACACACGGCAAAAAACCUGAAGCACUGAGGGACUCUUACAGGAGCUUGGGUUUAGGUGAGGACCUUGACGGUCUCAGAGAGCAAUGUGAACACCCGGGGUCCGCCCUUCAGCACUCAAAGCAGCAGCUGCAGGUGAUGGCUCAAGAGAAUGCCCAGCUAAAGGUACAACUCGGAAACCAAGGAGUGGAGGAGCAAAAGCCUUUUUCACAUAUGAUUAGCACAACACCAACCAGUCAUGGAGCUGAUGCUUGCCAAUCACUUCCUGUCCAACAUGAAGUCAUCACCCACGAUGACUUAAUCAAGGCCCUAAAUCAAGAGAACCGAGCUUUGGGUUUUCGCAUUGAGGGGUUGAUGGCUCAGAUUAAGCUCAAUGAGGAAAAAAUGAAGAGCGAGCAAUCUCAUCUGAGGAAGAAUAUUUUGUGUAUGGAGGAAGACAAAGACAAGCUGGAGCAGGAGAAGCAAGAGCAAGCAUGUCUUAUCACAGAGCUCACCAGAAAGACUGAACAUGAUCUCAAUACAAUCAUGGAGCUGCAGCAAAGGUUAGAGGAGUGUGUAGAUUGUCAUGAGCAAAAGGACUUGGCAUGUGGAUCUCUGCUGCAAACUGAGAAAGCAACGAGAAUAUCAGGAAGGUGUCAAGAGAGCAACCCAGAGAAAUAUUUGGAUAGAUUGAUAGUUACAGAGGAAGGAGGGGUACACCUUGUAUCAACUCAACCACCAGAAAACAAUCGUACAUAUUCAAAGCCUGUUGACCAUUUAGAAAGGCCUCACCUCAUGAAGUCAAACAGUGAUCAAUUGCAGCGGGUCACCAACUUCAUUCAGAACCUGAAAGCUGAGCAAGAGCAGUUGUACAGCUGUGUAUUGCGACUCAGGAAGGAAAAAAGGGAAAUCUCUCUAACUGUCCAAACUCAGAAGGAGGAGAAACAGCAUUUAACUCGGAUAAUUUGGGCACUCAAAGAGGAGAAGGACGAUAUUUCUCAAUCUCUGUAUGGCCUUAAGCAGGAGAGGGAGCAAGUAAUCAGGGUGGUCAGAGGACUGAAAGAUGUACAAGUUCGUCUUUCAAAGUCUGUGAGUGGUCUGAAAGAAAAGAGAGAGACGUCCACAGAGUGUUUUCCAGCCCUUAAAAGAGAAAAACAGACACUUUUAGAGUCACUCUCAAGUGGAAAAGAGGAGGUCACAAAAAUUGCACCGAAAGUGUACCAUUUGGAGAGAGAGAGAGACCAGUUAGCUCAGACAGGGUUGAGUUUGAAACUGGCUGAUUCUGUCCAAGAGUUGACAGAUAAGAAGCAACUAUGCCAUCAUUUACAAGGAGAAUGUGAACGGCUACUCAAGGCAAUCAACAGUUUGAGGGAUGAAAAAGGAAGAAUUGAACUUUCAGUCAGACGUUUAAAAGAAGAGGGAGCACACAUACUAGCAUUGCGUCAAUCUCGAGAAGAACAAAUGUGUGACCAACGUUAUGAUUCUCACAGUCAAACACAAGCAAGCACAUCUAAUGGUUGGAUGUCAGAAAAUAUGAAAACGAAAGACAAAAACAAACAAAAUAAGACAACAAGCUUAAUUGCAAACUCCAAAAAGAAUGAAGAAGAGGAACUGAAUAAUCUGGAGAGGGAGAUUGAAGUUGCAGAAAGAGAACUGAAGAAGUCACAAGAACAACUGGACAAAGCAUGUGAAGAGACCGCAGAGCUCCGUGCGCAGCUCAGUAACUCCGAAGCCCAGAGGGAAACUGGAGAAAGAAAAGCAUCCCAGCCCGCUGAAGUGGUGAAGAGAUGGACAGAAAAAAAAAUUAUGGAAAAUGAACACCCAACUAUGCAGGUGAAAGAGUUGCAGACCAAAGCAUCGGUCCUCAUCAGAGAAAAAGCUGCCGUACAAAUUGAGGACCAGCACAACAUCCUCACCGCUCAGUUCAAAGCCAAGGCUGUGGUAGGCAGAGGAGAGCAGUCCAGAAGGAUGUCAUUCUCAGCCCUUGUGUCCCCAAGUCUGUCUUGUCAGAAAAAGCUUCAAGGCCUCAGUGUCAUUAUGCCACCUAGUGGCCCUCUCUGCUCUUUCUCAACCACUGCCAAGCACUCGGCACCGGUGACAGCCACACCUGUGAUUUGUGAUCAGCCAAGAACACUUUUUAAUGCAGUCACCGCGAGAAGCACCAACAUGCCAUUUCCACCUCAUCUGACUGCAAACUGGCAUUUUAAAGAGGCCGUAGCCACCACAAGCUCUCCAACAAAGUCACUGGUCAACACUGCUGCAUCAGAAAACACCGUUGAGUCAAGCAGUGACUCCAAUGAAUUGAAAACACGGAUUUCUUCUGACAUGGCUGGUGGAGAACGUUCUGAUUCCGCUCCUUUAGUGACCUCUAAAACUACUGACUCCGAUGUCUUCAUGUGUUCUGACACAAGUCUAAAAAGCCCGGCCUCAUACAUAACUGCUCCAAGUAGAGCAACUGGCGAAAAAACUGAUAUCUUCAGCACAAUGAUGAAACCCAUUGCUGCUGCUCCUUCUGCAUGCAACGAUCUAGAAUUCACCAUGUUUAAGUCAUAUUCUGCUCAGCACUCUGCUAAGGAAUCAUCAAAUAUGUCCCAGGUUGCUCCAGAGAAGAUGAAACCUUCAAGACCCGAGCCAGAUGCUCCAGCAGAGGUGCACAGUGUGGGGGUCAUCAAACAAGUGGGUAAGAGCAGCCUCCUGAUUGGCUGGCAGAGGCCUCCUCUGGAUGAGUUGGGUUGCAGUCAUGGAACCUUUGUGUAUGGCUACAGGGUGUUUUUAGGUGGGAAACUCUGCAAGUCUGUGAUGAGCUCAGCAUGCACCAAGUGUGUCCUGGAAAACAUGGACCUAACUUACCCAGUUGAGAUCAGUGUCCAAACGCUGGGCUCCAAUGGGCUCAGUUCAAACGGGGUCACCACUGUGUACGUGCCUCCAGUUGGUGAAGGUUUCCGCUGAAUCGCACUCUCUUGGCUACUACUAACAAGCAGAACACACGAAUAGAUUUAUGAUUCAACUUGUCCAUAGAAAUACAUCUCAGCUGCCAACAGAUGAAGAUAAAGCUAACCUUCGAAUGGACCAUUCAAAGGGAAAUGAUGUCAUUACAAUGGAGCAGCUAAGGUCAUCUAAAAAAUAACAGUCAUACGGUCUUGACUUGGACAGUGGACCUCAAAGUGAUCAACUGAAAACUACAAAUAAAUAAAUCUAAAUGGACUCCUGGCAUGGGUUGCAUAAACACAGGUGGAAAUACGUCUCAGCUCAUCUUAACGGAAGGUCUUUUUUGCACACUUUUCGGAUUCAACAUCUUCUGCAGCCACUCCAGUUAAAUUGCCUAAAGCCAGUAAGAUGACUGACUGAGACCUCUGGCCACACAUUUACGUUGUGGUCAACACAGACGGACAUCAUGUUUCUUACUAAUCGACUGAAGAGCUCUUCUGUUGCUGCCACCUCUGGAUGCUGUGACACUCGAACUUUUUUCUUAUGGAAGCGACAAAAAACUGCAUCAUGUGCCGAUGCACACGUCAACCUAAGGCUCUCAUCUCAUAUGAGCAAGUACAUUGAAAUCUAUUUUCUGACAGAUAUCAAACACGGGAUCUAUUUUUAAUUUGAUUUUUUCAGUAUUUUGCACACAAUCUUGUAUAAAAGAUUCAUUAGCUGUCACCUUCGCUCGCUAACUUUUUUGUUUUCUAAAAUUCAUGUUUUUGUCAUUUCUAUUUGGGUGUAAAAUGACCCUGGUGCAGCAAAUGUAUUUUUCUAUCAGUGAUUGAUAUAAUUGUUCAGCCAUUGAAACCUCGCAGCUGUAAAGAGGAUAAAUGACUAUGCGUCACUGACGGAUAUGUAGCUUGAUAUAAUGGCUCUUUGUAUCAAGUUUGAAUAUUACACAAAAUAUUUCAGCCUCUAACCUUUGACUUUGACAGAUUUGUCUUUGGUGGAAAACAUCCAUGUCCAACUCCACCCCCCAAACCCCCCACCCCCCCGCUCAAAAAACGUGGACAGCAGAUACGUUAGUGCUGGAUUGCAAUUCAGUCGUGUAAAACCUUUCGAUUAAUUUGAAUCAGUGCUGUCUGUAUUGAGAUGUGCUGUUCCUACACCGAGAUGUCACGAAAGCCUCAGGCGUAGAGUUGAACGCCUGGGUGACCUUACGUAAGAUGACUUAGUAAGGUCAGUGUCGUAUUUCUUUUCGCAUGUUUGAAAGGAAGUCCUUUUUCAUCUCUCUUACCGAAUGAUGGAUUCCACAAAGGUUAAGGAAAGGUGGUAUUAAGGUUAAAAUACUAUAGCUGAGGGUAAGGAAUUAUUGGAAUGGUUACAAGAUGUUACUUUCCGGAGAGUCCCUGUCUUACACAGUUAAAAAAAUAAAAAAUUUAAACAAAGGUGAUGGCGGGAGAGGAGAUCUGUGUAUCGCCAAUCGAUUGCUCUACUUUCCAGUCCCCGGGUGUCCGUCCCAGCUAAUGUAAGUUGGGAUCUGAAAUUGUCAAACUGAAUGUAGAAAAUAUAUAAUUUGAAUUUUAUUUCUUACAUUCACUUUUAAGUUUACUCAACUUCGUUUCCAAACUAACACAUUCAGUUUCAAAUUAUUAUGUUCAUAUGCGGUUUUUAUAUGCAAUAUUUAAAAUUAAACAAUGCAACUUUAAAUUGUAUUUCAAAUUCAAUGCCUGCUGGCACAUAUUUUAGCCCAUAGACUGUAUCCUGUCAUUAUUAGACAGGAUGACUAGAUCGAUCGAUUACAUUUGUCACAUUCGAUCUGUAUAAAACCACAAAAUUAACGAAACAUUAAAUGCAGCAUUUUUCAUCCACUCAAACUCACCGAUAGCUCACAAUUGAUACUUUCCCAAGGAAUGUUAUAGAACUUUGACCUUGAGCGAUAGGAACUUUGUGUCCACAGUAAUAGAUUUUUUGGAGUGUGAAAAUUUAUUUUACAUUAUAAUAAAAUAUAUUACUACAGAUUAUCUAUUAUUAUUAUUAUUAUUAUUAUUAUUAGAUUACCUGUUGUCAAUAAAUAGCGUGAAUAAAUGAGAAAUUACUAAAUUAAAGAACUAAAUUAUAUAAUUAACGACAAUUUUGUGGUUAGAAAAGGUCUCUUUAAUGAUGGAACAAGCAUCUCUCUGGCUUCUGUUCUCUGACAACCAAUUUUUUUUAAUCCGCAAUGAUGUUAAUGUCCUCAGGAAUUGACUGAAAGCCUGCUUUUCUUUGUUUUGCCAUCUUAAUAGAAGAGGACAAGUUUUGUGAACCUACUAAUAGCCUCCAAAGCAGGGGUCUCAAACCCAAUUUACCUUGGGGCCACUGGAGGGAGAAUUUGCCAGAGGCUGGGCCUCAGAUGGACAUACACAUGCACACAAUUUAAUUAGAAAUUUAAAAAAUAUCUAAUCUUCUCAAACGUAUUCCUUAUUUUUAAUACAAGAUGAGAUAAGCAAUGACACUGGUGUAAACAAGUUUAAAAAAAACUACUAAUAAAACUCCGCAGCAAUGCUUCUGUAAAUUCCACUCACUGAAAAAUGUCUGCUUGUAUCAAGCCCGGUCGAUGUCACAUCCCCAAGCGCCAUAUACCCCACCAUGAUUGGUUGGUUUGUCAGCGCCAUACAAAACACUGUAAAAGUGCCAUCCACAAAACAACUCGAGGGCCGCACUAACAUUAAACUUUCAUAUCAAGGUGAGGCUCACAAGUUAUCGCCUCAUGGGCCACAAGAGGCCCCUGGGCCGCCAGUUUGAGACCCCUGCUCUAAAAACUCAUUUUUAUUGAAUUGGAUGAUUCUGGCACAUGUACCAUAUAAUGAGGAGUGUCGGGGUGGAAACAAAUUUACUUUUGCAUGAAAUUAGAUUUACGUUACCUUCAUGACAAAGACUCCACAAGUAGUUCCAUCUCCCUAUUUUAUGUCUGAAUGCUUGCUGGUUUCCAUAAUAAGAAGAACCGAUCCCAAUGUCUUGAAAUAUUUUCUACUGAAAAACACAAGUGUGGUUACUGUUAUUUUAGUUCACAAUUCUUUUUCAAUUACCUAUGCAUUUUUUGUAUUUUUUUUUUCUUUUCCCCUAGAGGGGGAAUUGUGGGUUAAAAGAGUUCUGGUUUAACUUGUUACACUGAUGAAUCCUAAUAGCUGAUGUUAUAGCUUAUUAUUAUGAUUGUGAUGAUAAUGAGUAUUUUUUACAGAGGAUGAAAUAACUAUUUGAGUCACCUUUUUCUCAUUAAAUACAGUAUAUUACCAAAGGUCCUAUUGACAUGAAUAUUUUACCUGAUGUUGGGAACAUUCCAAGUAAUCCAUCCAUUUAAUGAAAGUAGAACGAAAACACUCGGAAAUUAAGUAGUGUGUAAUAAUUUGAAAUAACAGAAGGAAAUUGUAUUGAACAUGCCAACUGGUAUUUAUUAAAUACGUCAUACAAAAUCCUUUGUUUUUGAUGGCAGCUUCAAGAUGCCUCCUUUAUGGAGAAACCAGUUGCAUGCAUUGAUCUGUUGUGAUUUUGGCCCGUUCCUCCACACAAGCAGUCUUCAAAUCUUCAAGGUUCUGUGGUCUUCUUUUAUGGAUCUUGUGUUUCAGUUUUCCAUAUAUUUUAGUUGGAUUUAAGUCAGGUAAUUUGCUGGGCCAUUUUAGCAACUUUUUUUCUUCUUGAAGCCAACAGAGGUUCCUUGGAUCAAUAUCCUGCUGAAAUGUUCACCGUCCUUAUGUUUUUUUAUCAUUUUCGGAGCUGGCAGCAGAUUUGUGUCAAGAUUGUACAGAUCGGUACAUUUGCUCAUUCAUCCUUCCUUCAAUAAUGCGAAGUUUACCAGUUCCAUUUGCUGAAAAGCAGCCCCACAGCAUCAGGCUCCCAGCUCUGCAUUUCACUUUUGGCAUGGUGUUUUUAGUUUGAUGUACUUUGCCAUUUUUCCUCCAAAUGUGGGGUACAUUCGGUCAUCCAAACGUUUAAAUUUUGCUGUCAACUGACCAGGCAAUGGUCUUCCAGUAUUUAAUUGUCUUUUCCAAAUGUCGUUCAGCUGACCUGAAACGAGCUAUGAUGUGAUUCCCCCCGUGAUGAGUGUGCAUACAGGCCAUGGUGUCAGGGGAUAUUACUCAUUGUUUUUCUUGUGACAACAGUGCCUCCUAAUUCCAAGUCUUUUUAAAGCUCUCCACAUAUGGUCCUUGAUUCUUGGACAACUCUUCUGAUUAUUCUUUGCACUCCUCUGUCAGAAAUCUUGUGAGGACGACAUGAUCAAGUCAAAUGUAUAGCAGUCUGAUUGGCUUUCCACUUAAAAAUGACACCAACCAUGCUCAUUGUAAUGUUCAGAAGCUUAGAUAUGUGCCUGCAACCAAUACCAUGAUUAUAUUUUGAAAGAAUUAGGUUAUGAUGGUCUUGAGGGGGCUCUAUGUUCUUACUCAUCAUGAGAUGUGUCUUGGCAGUGAUACCUUUUUGUAAGCCUGAAGCAGCUGAUAUUCAUCUGCACUGAUUAUUGAUUAGAUUUUAAGUAUUGGUUUGGCUUUCAUCCCUUUUUUAUUCUUUUUUUAUUUUUUUUCUUUCUUUUUUAUCACCCAAUUUCUUCAUUUUCCCAAUAUUUUUCCUGUGUAAUUUCAAAAUUUAACACACAACUUGAUUUCUGAUUUUAUAUUUGUUCUACUUUAUUUGUAUAAAUAGAAUGCUUUGGUUGUUCCAAAAUAGCUGGUGAAAUGUUUUGGUAAAUACCACCUUUAAAUAUUUUAGCUGUAUUGGCCCGUAGGUGACUGUUGACGUGAGAUUAGAAUGGGUGGAAUAUAACUGUCUAUGAAAAUAAUAAAGUUCAAUAAAUUAUAAUAGACAACCUACUACGUGAUGUUUUUUUUUUUUUUUUUUUUUUUUUUUUUCUUAACUGGAGGUGU